UGGCUCCACCAAGAUACUGGAGGAGAAAAAAUAAUGCUAGUUGGUUAGGUAGGAGUCGCCGCUCGGAUCAAUCCAUUACUCGUCCUAUUUGAAGACCCCGGGGGAAAAGUCGAUACGUUUCUGAAACGGUGGUGUUGAUAGGUGAUGCUGGGAGUAGUAGAAAUGACGGGCAGCAACAUGGCGAACGCCCUGGCAAACGCGUCGUGCGAGCGCUGUAAGAGCGGCUUCGCCCCGGCAGAGAAGAUCGUCAACAGCAACGGGGAGCUGUACCACGAGGGCUGCUUCGUCUGCGCACAGUGCUUCCAGCAGUUCCCCGAGGGGCUCUUCUAUGAGUUUGAAGGCAGGAAAUACUGUGAACAUGACUUUCAGAUGCUCUUCGCUCCCUGCUGCCACCAGUGUGGGGAGUUCAUCAUUGGCCGUGUGAUCAAGGCCAUGAACAACAGCUGGCAUCCUGAUUGUUUCUGCUGUGAUAUCUGCCAGGCUGUGCUCGCUGACGUCGGCUUCGUCAAGAACGCUGGCAGGCACCUGUGUCGACCCUGUCAUAACCGUGAGAAGGCUAGAGGUCUGGGGAAGUACAUCUGUCAGAAAUGCCAUGCCAUCAUCGAGGACAGCCCCCUCAUCUUUAAGAACGACCCCUACCACCCCGACCACUUCAACUGCAACAACUGUGGUAAGGAGCUGACAGCAGAUGCCAGGGAGCUGAAGGGAGAGCUGUACUGUCUGCCCUGCCAUGAUAAGAUGGGGGUGCCGAUCUGUGGCGCCUGCAGGAGGCCCAUCGAGGGACGCGUGGUCAACGCCAUGGGCAAGCAGUGGCACGUCGAGCACUUUGGGUGUAGUGUAUGUGAGCGAUCGUUCCAGGGCCAUCCCUACUAUGAAUGUAAGGGCUAUGCCUACUGCGAGUGGCACUUUAACAUGCAUUUUGUGUGUGCUAAGUGUGAGAAGCCGUUCCUUGGACACCGCCACUAUGAGAGGAAGGGUCUGGCCUACUGUGAGACCCACUACAACCAGCUCUUUGGUGAUGUGUGCUUCCACUGCAACAGAGUGAUUGAAGGAGACGUGGUUUCAGCCCUGAACAAAGCAUGGUGUGUGAACUGUUUCUCCUGCGCCACCUGCAACACCAAGCUCACCCUCAAGAACAAGUUUGUGGAGUUUGACAUGAAGCCUGUGUGUAAGAAAUGUUAUGAGCAGUUUCCUCUGGAACUGAAGAAGAGACUGAAGAAACUGGCUGAGACUGUCGGACGCAAGUAGACCUCCGAGUCCCUAGGGGGCGACACUCGACAACAUGUUCAGUAGCUUUCCCAACGUCCCAGAAACUCUGGACAAUUCCCUGCCUUUCCCGGAUGUCCUGCUUAUUCCCUAUUGAUUCUGGGGAUCUUCCAUUUCGGGGGUUUCUAGAAACCUGGGAUUUUAAGAAAGUUACUGGAGGUUUGCGGGUUAGCAACGCUGAACCCUGUAUUAACCUUAACAAGUGCCCAAAUUAGUCAAAGGAAUUGUAUAAACGUGUCAGAUUUCGAAGUCCUGUCUGUUCCAGUAUUUUAGUAUUUGACGUCCUCAGAUACUCAGUAUAACGUGUUUGAAUCUUUUCUCACUUUUUAAUGGAUUAUUUUUGUGCACGUGGCUUUAGCAUGUGGAGCUGUUUUUCAGAUGUUCAGAGUCGUAUUCAAACAAUAUAGAACCUCAUUCUGCCUGACAAUGACCUAUGAAAGCAUGGAGGGGGGAGGGGGGACAAUGGGUGAAAUGCAUUUAGACAUUGUUAAGAAAUAAUACAUUUAACUGAUCUGAUCUAGUUUGGCCACGAGCGGACCAAAUGAACAGCAUUUAUAAAGGGUUAAUGACGUCUAACCAAAUACUUGCACGCUGUCUUAAAGAGAUGAGAAGGUGCUUGUCGUACUCUUUAAAAUAGCUUUUGUCUUGUGCCUUGGGUAUGAAUAUACACCGAGUAUACAACAUAUUUCCAUGGCAUUGACUGAUCAGGUGAAAGCUAUGAUCCCUUAUUGAUGUCUCUUCAAUCAGUAGAUGACAGAUUUAAAUAAGGAUUUUUAGCUCGGUACUAAUGUUAGGUAAGCUCAGUGUAUAUUUUAUACUGCAUUAUAUACUGUAAGGGUGUCAGAUAAUAUGCAUGUGGUUGUCCAAUAUACUGGCAUGUGAUCCAGACUUACUACAACUGCCUUAAUCAGAGAAUAUUCCUCACUCCUGUGGAAGAAUGAGAAUUCUAGCUGUGUAUCAGAAUGUGGAGCCCAUGACUCUGGUAUGUCAUCUAGGAGUCUGGUAUGUCAUCUAGGAGUCUGGUAUGUCAUCUAGGAGUCUGGUAUGUCAUCUAGGAGUCUGGUAUGUCAUUUAGGAGUCUGGUAUGUCAUCUAGGAGUCUGGUAUGUCAUGUAUCCUAACAUUUGCUUGUAAUAAAAUAAAAUGUCAUGGGUUGGUUUGAA